CUUUUGAAAUUUUCUGUGGAGGGGGGUGCGGAGGAAGUUUAUGGCGGUGGAAAAAGAAAUUCCCCGCUACUUACUUUCUUUUGCUCUUCGAAAUUGAAGUUUGGUUGCAGUUCGCAAAUCUUGGAGCCAUGGAAGAAACCAGGGAUCCUCCUAUCAGGAUUAUGAAAUUUGUCUCUGAAGAGCAAUUGGAUGAAGCGAAAAGAACAAGGGGUGAACGAGUUGAGGACGGCACUGCCCAGAGAGAUAGACCUCUCUACGAUAUUCUGAAGGAGAACAAGGAUAAAAAGGAUGCAGAAUUCAAUGAAAGAUUCAAGCACAGACCACCUAAAGCUUUAGACGAAGACGAAACUGAGUUUCUUGAUAAUUAUGAAGCAACAAGACGGGAAUAUGAACGACAAGUGGCAGACGAGGAAGCCCAACAAAUCCGAAGCUUUCAGGCAGCAGUGGCAGCACAGUCCAACAUUGUGCAUGAAAUUAAGGAAAAAAACCCUUUACCUGUCGUCCAGGAACAAAAAUCUGCUGUAAAGAAGAAUCCAGCCUCUCGUCCAUUAGGCAUGAUUAUUAAAGUCAAACCCCAAGCUAAAAAAGCAAGAUUGGAUGAAGAAAAUACUGAGGAAAUUUCAAAAGCAGGAAACACUCCUCCGAAUGAUAAGAAUAAACGAUGAGCCACAACCACAGUGGUCCUGCUCACCAUCACUUUAUCUAAGGCAUCUUGAACAACUCUCUCUGACUCAGCGUCCAGUGCACUUGUGGCCUCAUCAAGUAGCAGAAUCUUUGGACUUUUAAUUAUAGCACGUGCAAUGGCCACCCUUUGCUUCUGCCCACCAGACAGUUGGAUUCCCCUUUCUCCCACUACUGUAUCAUAACCCUUGUAAUAGGAAAAACACAAAACACACAUCUUAAACGCUAAUCACGUCUGGCUAUGUGAACAGUUCACUGAAGACGACAACACUAGAAAUGAAACUUUAGUAGCUAAAAGACACAAUGAGGCUAACCAAAUACAUAGUAAUGGUGUUGGGUUUUACCUGUUGUAAGCCACUAACAAAGCCAUGUGCAUUGGCCAA